UACCUAUUUUUCUUAUCACGCGAAUGCGAAUUGCAACAAUUGCAACUUUGCAACUUGCAAGUAUUGCAACUUGCAAAUAGAAACAGUAAAGGGUCUAUAAUUGCACGUGCAAGUUCUUAAUUUUUUUCCAACGACACCUCAGCCAAUCAUGAAGUAAUUACCUGUAUUAUAGUGCAAGUGCAACUCAAAUAUGCGGUUUAUAUCGAGCUGUUGUGGGGAAGUUUCCAAGUACAGGUAUCUAACAACCACCCAUUUCAGCUCUUACGCGAGAAAAUGGGACCGUUUCAAUCGAAACUCCAACUUUAAAAUCCCCUAUAAACAACUAUCUACAAAACCUCAGCAAUCUCCUCAAAAUCUGAGUCAAGAUUUCUUCCAAGCACUCGCCAAAGCAGACGCGUUGUACUCCUCAAAUUUCAACAGAAAUCUACUGUACCCGGAAACUAACGACGAAAUAAUCAAUCAAUUGAAAUCUUGUUACGAUUUCGAAGAAGUAGUGCGUAUCAUCAACGCUAACGAAUCUCUUAGUCAUCAGCAAUUGAGCCAAGUAGUUCUGGUCCUCAGAGAUUUACAGAAAUUUUACGCAGUUCAUAAUGUUCUCGUGGACGACGGGCUCAAGAUAAGCCAUUUGCGAGAUUCUCCAUCGUUUAGUAAAUUACUCGCAUUACUCGAAUCGAAUAUCGAGAAGAUGAAUGUGGACGAGUCGAGUUGUUGUUUACUGUAUUUAAGGAAAUUAAACGUGAAAUGCACCGAACCUGCGAUGAAGAAAUUGAUUGACGCUUGCGAGAAUUCAUUUCUCAACCUGGAUAAAGCUUCCUUAUUACAAAACUUGACUCGCUUUUUUAUCGCCAUUAAGGAAGAAAACAAUAUCUGGUCGCUCUAUACCAUGAGUCAGUACCUACCUUUUCUAUUGGAGUCGCUAGAUGUCUGCGAAAAUCACGAUGAAUUUCGUCACAUUACCGCAUGUUUCCAAAAAUGCGUGCCGUUAUUGAAUUCCGAUAUUUUAAAUAAAUAUAUCGCCAAGUUAGAUUUAAUUUUACAGCCGGAAAAUGAAAAUGACGAUUUGAUUUCAAAAACAAGAACAAUUUUGAAAGCGAUUAUAUUUUUGAAUUUCAAACACUGGAAUUGUUUAUACAUUAAUGAAGUCAAACGACUGAUGGCGGCCAUGAAAGGUAAUUUACAUUACCUAUGCCCGACAGAGAUGAGCAUUCUGCACAAAGAAAUUAUCAAUAUGCAAGAACCGUUCGACCUGGCGCAAGAAAUUGAAAAAACGACCAAAAAUUGGAUGAAGACGAACGAAAGUGCGGAAACAGCGGUUCCCAUUUUCGUUUUUCAAGCUCUUUUUCCGGCUAUGAAAUUAAUGGACAGCGCCGAUGUGAAAAAUUCGUUGAUCAAAUGUAUGGAAAAAAACAGCUGCAGUCGCGAUGUUUUCCUUCAUUUUUCCGAUUUCCACGAGCUGAUAUUUAACACGGAUUUAAAAUACGAUAGAAAAAUUACAACCAAGUAUUGGGUUAUGGUAAUCAACAAAUUGAAACACGCCAAACAGCAAAACGGCGAGCGGCUUCGUGAGAAUGUAUUGUGGACCAUUCACAAAUAUAUCCACCUAAUUGGACAGCAAAAAAAUCUCCGAAAUGAAUAUAUUGAAAAGUCACUAGUAUCGUUUAUAAUUGAUUUAUUACACGACGACAAACAGAUCCACUGCCCUGCGGAUUAUUCGAAAUACUAUUUAACUAUUCUCGCUAUAACCCAUAAAAAUCCGUUUCAUUUUUUUACCGACGCAGUUUGGCAGAAGUUACGUGAUAACUUUCCACGAUUGACCGUCUAUGAUAGAUUAUUUCUAUCUUUAGUGCUAAGAAUAGCGCAUGAUAGAUUUAUGAAACAUCAGCAAGGUUUAGAUCAAUUUCUACACUUUCACGUUUACUUGAAUACAGUUGCUAAUGCGAAAACAUUUGAAAAUUUGAAAUGUAAUCCAGAUUUGACUGUGGAGAGAUUGAACACAUUCCUCUUCUCUUUCAUACUUACCAAAGGGAUUAAGACUUCGGAAAUUUUUGACGAACUGUGCAAAAGGUUUCGACAGAUUGAAAUUGACCAAAUUCAUUCGAAAAUUAUUCGCGACUGUGUGUUUAAUUUCACAGCCAGCGCAUAUCUGAUACCAGAAUUCACCCAAGUUAUGGUGGAUUAUUGUAUUAAAGAAAAAAAUGCCAUGUUUGGUGGCGCAGUCGCCUCCUUGUUGAAUUACUGUUUCUUGUUCGGAUUUGUUCCCAAAAAUAUCGAUCAACUUCUCUCGAUAGGGGCAUCGGUGAUUGAUAGAGAUAAAGACUCGAUACCUCAAAUGUUGUACCUUCGAUCCGCUGUGGCUCUAUCCUAUUUUCGAGAACUACCGAGCUCGUGGAGCGACUACAUUUUCAAUAUUACAUUUUUAGAGCAGUUGGACAAAUGCUUCUUAAAAUUAAAUUUUAGAAAAGCCAACGAAUUGAGAAGAGAAUUGAUGGAAUUGAAUAGAAUCGUCUGUAUCGACUACCCUCACCGCGAAGUUCCCUGGUUUCACGGAAAAUAUUGUCAAGAAGUGGUCGCAUUAGAACGUACAAAGCGAAAUGAUUUUUUGACGAGUGUAUUAGAUGUUGUGAAAUCAUUAGUGACAGCAAACACAGCUAUUGAUAUCAAUCACACCACACCUUAUGGCCAUAAAAUUGAUGUGGUAUUGCAUUUGAGCAAAGAUGGAGAGUCAACGAAUGUAAAAGACUGCGAUCCUGCGAAAAUGAGAAAGGUUGCCUUGCUUUUGAGAUCGUAUUUACCAUCCGAAUAUUACAAAGGAAAAGGAAGAUUGGAACUGUUUUCUCGUCAGCUUGAAAUGUUGAAUUUCGAAGUUGUGCUGUUGAGCAAACAAGAAUGGAAUUCAUUGUACUUGUCAAAUUUGGAAGAAAAAAAGAAUUACUUGCGUAAAUUAAUUUGGCCAACGUAAAUUGGUAUUACUUUGUCAUCAAUAUGUAAUAUUAAAUGGUUUGUAUGUUGUUUUUUUUUCAAA